UCCCAAUAGCUGCGACCACAGGGACAUUUGUCUGGACAGACCAACCGGCCGACCGACAGGGCGAGCUCUAGAGCUGCUGGUCACAACCAAUAAAUGGGACACACGUAGAAGGAUAGUAAAAGGCCGUUUUAUUAAUCCUUAACCUACCAGGAGGAGGCGGCAGUGAGAAAGCAACAACAUCAGGAAGCUGUUUAAUAUAAGAGCAACAUGGAGCUCCGGGUAGAGGAGGAGUAUGGAGUGGACAGGAGCAGUGAGGAGUAUCAGCUCCUUCUGGCCUACUGCACUAGGAGGUCCAGGCAGAAGCCUCUCAUAAGUGCUGAGGGCCCUUUGCCACCACUUGCCCCUGGGUCAUCCUUACCGGGAGAAUUAGUACGUAUUUAUGCGCAAGGGGGACCACAGCCUUUAAGGCCUCAGUUACACGGGCCUAGAGACACCAUCGUGAAGAAGAAGAAGCUAGUGGCAAGAAUCCAGUGUCCAUCCGGUGCCGAUACACAACCUGGUUCUUCUGAUUCUGGAGCAGCAGACGAAGGCAGGGGUCUCACUGGUGUGGCUGACAGGCUGACUCAGAUAGCAGACGAUGUGCAGAUCGGACCGAGCAGUUUAGAACCAGACGCCCCUGAGAAGCCAGAGGAUGUGAUUCAGAAACUGGUGGAGCUUCUGAAGAACUCUGGAGACCAGCUGAAUGAGGAGAUCCAGAAGAACCAGGCCAUGCAGGCCUACCUCCAGAGCACCUUCACCUACGCUCUGUUUGAGCAGCUGACCUCUAGGAUUCAGGAGGUAGUGAGCGGGGGGGGGGCCGGCCGGACGGCCGAGGCCCUGGACCGGCUGGAGAGGCAGCAGAUCGCUGUAGCCUUCGAGGUGACCAGCAGGCUGUCAACGGUCCACCUGCUGCCCAUGAGUAGGGCCAUGGGCUACGGCACUCACUACGUCCAGACACACCACUCCUCCUGGGUGAAGCAGCGCGGAGGCUGGCAAAAAGCAUUUGAAUCCGAAGACAUUGAUUAACACCUGCAAAGAACUGCCACAGCCUGCAGACCACCAUGGUGUGGUUACACCUUCACAUCACAGCAGGAUUUAGGAAACAUGUUUUACAGGAUUACAGCAUCUUUAAUAUUUUGACAUUAAUUUAGACAAAUGAUCACCAGCAGUAAUAACAGUUCAGAAGAGGCGAUGCAGGGAUUUGUAUUUUUAAAUGACUAAAUAUUAAUUGUCUUACUGUUUUGAAUGAAGAGUACCAUAAUCUGUUUAAACAAAAAAAGUCAUAUUUUUG